AUGUAUAUCCAAGGCACAUACUUCUUUGAUGUCCACCCGCCGUUUGCCAAACUCCUCUUUGCGCUGGUCGGCUGGCUAGUUGGAUUCGAUGGAAAAUUCCUUUUUGAAAACAUUGGAGACUCCUACACGGACAACAAGGUGCCUUAUGUUGCCCUUCGCGCUCUACCGGCCAUGCUUGGCUCCCUGACCGUCCCCGUGGUGUUUCUCAUUAUGUGGGAAUCUGGUUACUCGCUUCCUGCCUGUGUUCUUUCCGCCGGUCUACUCCUGUUCGACAAUGCCCAUAUCGGCGAAGAUAGGCUGAUUCUACUUGAUGCCACUCUUGUGAUUUCAAUGGCAUUGAGUGUGCUCUGCUAUAUCAAAUUCCACAAGAACAGACAUCAGCCUUUUAGCCGAAAGUGGUGGAAAUGGAUGCUUAUGACCGGAAUUGCUCUCAGCUGUGUCAUCUCGACCAAGUAUGUUGGUGUCUUCACCUUCGUGACCAUUGGAUCUGCUGUCUUGAUCGAUCUAUGGGGAUUGCUUGAUGUGAACCGCCGCCAGGGCAAGCUUAGUCUAUUCGAGUUUGGUACCCAUUUCGCUGCUCGUGCGUUCGGAUUGAUUAUCGUCCCCUUUUUCAUCUACCUCUUCUGGUUCCAGGUCCAUUUUGCUAUUCUCACCAAGUCUGGCCCCGGUGAUGACUUCAUGAGCCCGGAGUUCCAGGCCUCGCUCAGCGAUAACCCCAUGUUUGCUCAGUCCAAGGGAGUUGAAUACUAUGAUGUGCUUACCUUCCGGCACAAGGACACCAAGGUCUACCUACACAGUCACCCUGACCGCUACCCUCUUCGAUAUGAUGACGGCCGUGUCUCCAGUCAGGGCCAGCAGGUCACCGGGUACCCUCACAACGACACCAACAACCACUGGGAAAUCCUGCCUCAGGUUGCCUUUGCUUCUGAUAACCGUACCGGACACAAAGUUCGCAAUGGACAUAUCGUGCAGCUCCGCCAUGUCGCUACCAACACCUUCCUACUCUCACACGAUGUUGCAUCUCCCAGCUACCCAACCAACCAGGAGUUUACCACCAUCUCUCCUGAAGAAGCGGCUGGCAACCGACAUAACGACACCUUGUUCGAGAUCCAGGUCCCCAAGGGCAAGGCUGAUGAGGAAUUCCGAACUCGCUCCAGCCUGUUCAACCUAAUCCAUUUCCCUUCAAAGGUUGCCAUGUGGACUCAUACCAAUCCUCUGCCAGACUGGGGAUACAAGCAGGCUGAAAUCAACGGAAACAAGAACUCCAAGGAGCCAAGCAACCUCUGGUAUGCGGAAGAUAUCCCCUCUUUGGCUCCAGACAGCCCUCGAAGCCACCAGGAACCCCGCAAGGUCCAGCCAAUGCGUUUCCUGAAGAAGUACCUCGAACUCCAGGCUGCCAUGUUCCACCAUAACAAUGCCUUGACGAGCAGCCAUCCGUACGCCAGUGAGCCAUUCCAGUGGCCCUUCUUGCUUCGUGGUGUCAGCUUCUGGACAAAGAACGACACCCGAGAGCAAAUCUACUUCCUUGGAAACCCCGUUGGAUGGUGGCUUUGCAGCAGUUUGCUCGCGGUUUUUGUCGGUAUCCUCGGAGCCGAUCAGCUCGCUCUCCGUCGUGGAAUCGACGCUCUUGAAGAAAUUUGGGGCCCAGGAACCCGUCACCGCCUGUACAACAGCACCGGUUUCUUCUUCCUCUGCUGGGCAGCUCACUACUUCCCGUUCUAUCUUAUGGGCAGACAACGCUUCCUGCACCACUAUCUCCCUUCUCACGUAGCGUCUGUUCUGGUCACCGGCGCCCUGGUCGAGUUUAUCUUCAACAUUGACCCCGCCGGCUUGAGCGAGGACUUCGUGGCUAGCAAGCCUGGCCGCGGCCCUCUAAAGAUCAAGCACACUCGGCAGAGCCUCCUGGCCAUCUGGGCCGCUACUAUCGCGAUCCUGGGAGCAACAAUCUGGGGCUUCGGCUUCUUUGCUCCACUCACCUACGGAACUCCAGGCUUGGACGUUGCUGGAAUCAACGCCAGAAAGUGGCUCUCUUACGACUUGCACUUUGCAAAGUAA